UGGGUCCCGCCCCCAUGUGACGGCCCGGCAGGGAAUUGGCGGCGGCGUGCAGCCAUUUCCGGUUUCGGGGAGGUUGGAGGGGUGCGUCGGGGGACUUGGAGCCGCUGCCGCCUCGGCCGCCGCUUACGGAUCCUGCCUUGCGCCUAGUGCUGCCGGGACGAUGCGGACGGAGCCCGGAGGGUGCUGCUGCCGUCGCCCGGUGCGGGCGAACGACUGCGUGGCGAACGGGGAGGUGCGCAACGGGUACGUGAGGAUCAGCGCCGCUACUGCCGCCGCCGCUGCCGGCCAGAUACAUCAUGUUACACAAAAUGGAGGACUAUAUAAAAGACCGUUUAAUGAAGGUUUUGAAGAGACGCCAAUGCUGGUUGCUGUGCUUACUUAUGUGGGGUAUGGUGUCCUCACUCUCUUUGGAUAUCUUCGAGAUUUCUUAAGGCAUUGGAGAAUUGAAAAGUGUCACCAUGCAACAGAAAGAGAAGAACAAAAGGACUUUGUGUCAUUGUAUCAGGAUUUCGAAAACUUCUAUACAAGGAACCUCUACAUGAGGAUUAGAGACAACUGGAAUCGGCCCAUCUGCAGUGUGCCUGGGGCCAGGGUGGACAUCAUGGAGAGACAGUCUCAUGAUUACAACUGGUCGUUCAAGUACACAGGGAAUGUAAUUAAAGAUGUUAUAAACAUGGGUUCCUACAACUAUCUUGGGUUUGCACGGAAUACUGGACCAUGUCAAGAGGCGGCUGCCAAAGUCCUAGAGGAAUAUGGAGUUGGAGUGUGCAGCACUCGGCAGGAAAUUGGAAACCUGGACAAGCAUGAAGAGCUAGAGAAGCUUGUGGCAAAUUUCUUGGGAGUGGAAGCUGCUAUGACAUAUGGCAUGGGAUUUGCAACAAACUCAAUGAACAUUCCUGCUCUUGUUAGCAAAGGUUGCCUGAUUCUGAGUGAUGAACUGAACCAUGCAUCAUUGGUUCUAGGAGCCAGACUCUCAGGAGCAACCAUUCGAGUCUUCAAGCACAACAAUAUGCAAAGCCUAGAGAAGUUGUUGAAAGAUGCCAUUGUUUAUGGUCAACCUCGGACACGAAGGCCCUGGAAGAAAAUUCUAAUCCUUGUGGAGGGAAUAUAUAGCAUGGAGGGAUCUAUUGUUCGCCUUCCUGAAGUGAUUGCCCUUAAGAAGAAAUACAAGGCAUACUUGUAUCUAGAUGAAGCUCACAGCAUUGGGGCUCUGGGCCCUACAGGCCGAGGUGUGGUGGAUUACUUUGGCCUGGAUCCUGAGGAUGUGGACAUUAUGAUGGGAACAUUCACAAAGAGCUUUGGUGCUGCUGGAGGAUACAUCGGAGGCAAGAAGGAGCUGAUCGACUACCUGCGGACACAUUCUCAUAGUGCAGUGUACGCCACGUCACUGUCACCACCUGUUGUGGAGCAGAUCAUCACUUCUAUGAAGUGCAUCACGGGGCAGGACGGCACCACCCUUGGAAGGCAGAUUAUAUCAGCAUAUCCAGGAAAUCUAAGAAGAUUAGGAGCUGUGUAAUGGAGUAUAAUGUGAGUUAGGGGAUCAACUCUGACUGAACAUCAGUCAUAUUUGUGUCCUUUAUUUUGAAAGAUUUUGGUUAACACCGGAAAUGUUUUUUUUGAAGUUGCAGACUCAAACUCAUUUUGCUGAUUAUAAGUUAUAUAAAAGCUCAUCAGCUAAAUUGAAAGUUAUAUUGCUGUGUGAACAGGUGAGUACUUGCUAUAUUUUUUGAAGCCUGAGUUCUGAGUAGUUAGCACUAAUGCCAUUUAAGACAAAAUAUCUGCUACCUUUUGUAUUUCUUGUUUUGUGCAUAGAUCUUAUCUUUUUUUUUUUUUAACUGGCCCUGAGACUUCAGAAAAUUUUUAUCUCAUGGAACACCAUCUGUUCUGAUUAAUAACUGUCUGGGAGGGCUUACAGAAUUUUAUUUGAGUAAUAACAGAGUAGUUCCUUCAAACCCUAAGAUUACAAGCCUGAGAACCCAGAGAAAUCUGGAUUAAGACUUGGUAAAAAUAUUUCUUUUGAAAAUGUCUGGAAUGCAGUUAGUACAACUGCAAAUCUGUUUAGCAGUGGUUAAUAAAUAUAACUCUCUUUGUAAUUCUGUAUUGUAAAAGUGAUUUAAAGUUAUCAAUAUAUAAUGGUUAUCAAUACGUAGAUAAUUGUGCUGUUCCUUCUACCUCCAUCUUCCACCCUUUUUAGGCUUUCUAUUUCCUUAAAAGAAAUAAUGAUGCCAUCAUUAUUUCUUAAAACUAAUGAUGCCAUCACAACCUAUUGAUCCAUCAUAUUCAUUACUUCCCUCCUUAGCAUAAAAUUUAUUACAAGAAGUUCAGGACUAAAAAAUGACCAGUUAAAGUUAUCUGCUACAUUUUCUGGGACAUUAACUACACAUAUGUGUUUACUUUUCUCUCUUUCAUGCCAGGCUGUAGGUUUUAAUUGAAGAGAUUCUAAAAAUGGCUUCAUUCUAACAAAUUGUAUUAAGAAAUUCCAGAAGGACAGCCAACACAGUAAGGUUCAUUUGUGAACUUCAAGAGAAUCAGUACAGAGGUUUUCUCUAAAUUGCUUUUAUGCUUUUUAUCACCCUUAAAAGUAAAGAUUUAUGUUUGAAAAGUAGAGAAGAAUGCUGAUCUCUUAUAUUACCAUCUGUGUUCUCUCUGAGGCAAGGAUAAAGACCUUUUAAGAGUUAGUAUCUUUUUUUUUAAUAUAUUUAUUUAUUUUUGGCUGCACUGGGUCUUUGUUGCUGU